AUGGACAAGAUUCUACCAGUUCUGUACAGCUGCGCAUCACCGACGAGUGGAGCAGGAAAAGUGACCACCAUCCAGCUGGACAGAAUUCUAAUCGGUUGCAAUCAAUUACUGCGAGGAACUGGUGCAUGGAGAAGUCAUGCAGCUCUUCUGGAAAAUCUCAGUGUGCUGAAGACGUGUUUACCGUACACCCAGCUUGCUGACACUUUUAUUCCUGUCCUACAAAAAGAAGUCCUUCAAGCUCGUGCUAUUCCUUGCCGAGUGGCUGCCGUUAAUACGUUAUUGCAAUUUAUGCGAGAACAGCCGGAUAAGAACAAGCGGGAAGAGAUCAUCGAAUUCUUUAACAUUGAAGUGGCUGGGCAUCAAUGCUGUUACCGUCGGCAGCUUUAUUUGGACGUCGUCGAGUGUGUGUUGAAGAUAUUUAGUCGGAAAUUUUUCAUUCAGUAUUUCUUAGAGAAAAUGUUGUCACUUAUUCAAGACAAAGUCUCAAAUAUCAGGCUUCGGACGAUUAGGCUCCUCCCAUUCGUUAAAAAGUAUCUGAUUCUGCCUGACGACGAAGAGGUCCUUCUAUCACUGGAGAAAGCCGUGCGGGAGACACUAACCACAGAGAAGCAACCCAAUACGCGGCAACUGGUGCAGACGGCAGCAUGUGAGCUUUCACGAACCGAAACGAGGACAAAAGAUGACAAGGAGGAUGCGGCUCGAGAAAAAGAAGAGCAGCGCCUCUGGAGUGAGGACAGGCUGAUACAGAAUGCAACACCGAAGAAAGAAGAAUCGCCAAGUCCGGCGAAAGAUGCGAAGAAUCUGCCUGUGCCAAGGUAA